AUGGGAAAAUACCUAAUCUUUGGAGAUGGCAUCGAAGGAUUUAAGCGCCGAAGCUCGGCCGGUCAUGCUCGGCCGGGCUUUAACUUGCUAGCCUCAUGCCCCGACAGGCGUCUGGUUUUUCGCAAAUAUGAAUAUAAGCCAUUCAUAUAUCUACAAUGUCUUGUCUCUUCUCAGGUUUUCUAUUCCCAACACCCAUCCUACAAGAAAUGGAAAAUGGAGGCGCUUGAAUUUUACGUCAAGGGCUCUCGCCUUGUCUUCGGCCUGAUAUACACCCACAUCCAGCAAAGGAUAUCUGCAGUCGGCCAUCGAUGGACGUACCAGGAAACUCCAUCGCCUAAGGACGUCGUGGUACUCGGGGGCUCAUACGCCGGCGUCCACCUUGCGCAACGGUUAACCGAAUCGCUACCAACUGGCUACCGGGCAGUUUUGAUCGAGAGGAAUUCCCAUUUCAAUCACUUGUUUGUGUUCCCUCGGUGUGGUGUAGUGUCUGGCCUGGAACAGUCUGCCUUCAUCCCCUAUGAUGGAGUCGCCAGGUCCGCUCCACCGGGUAUAUUCAAACAUAUACAGGACUCGGCGACGAGUAUAACAGACAAUCAAGUUAUUCUUGCCUCUGGUGAAAAAGUUGACUAUGAAUACCUUGCAAUCGCUACUGGGUCGUGGCAGCCGUCACCGGCUAAGCUCGCUUCAACGGAGAAAGCAGGCGCUUGUGAGGAAAUGCAUGGCUCUCAGGAACGAGUUGAACGGGCGGACCGCAUUGCUGUAGUUGGAGGAGGCCCGGUCGGAGUACAAGUUGCCUCUGAUAUCAAGAGCUACUUCCCUCAAAAGGAUGUAACUUUGAUUCAUUCUCGCACACAGUUGCUCCCUAACUUUGGCCUCCGGCUACAUGAACAUGUGAUGAAGACGCUGAAGCAGCUGGAUGUUAAUUUAAUCCUUGGUGAACGGCCUCAAACAGUGACUGGGGAUAUUGCGUCAAUGGCCAAAGACAAGAUACAAGAGGCUUUAAGUUUCAGGGACGGCCAUAAGGAGACGUUCGACCUCGUGGUAAGCUCAGCCCCCUUUUCCUUUUUCCCGCCCCCCCCCUUUUUUUUCGUACUCCAUAGUUAUAGAAGCUCAUUCCUAAAACAGAUCCGUUGUACCGGCCAGCGACCUAAUUCUAGCAUUAUUGCUAACUUAUUCCCUUCCGCCAUUUGCAAGCAAAGUGGACAAAUCCUCGUACACCCAACUCUUCAGAUCAACAAUGGUCCCAACAUGUCGAACCCUAACAUCUUUGCCCUCGGCGAUGUGGCUAAAACCACCGGUCCGAGAAUGGAGAGGACUGCACGGGCACAGGCGGAUAUUGUUGCCUCAAAUAUUGUGUCCCUAAUUACCGGGUAUACUCCACUCCAGACGUACCGUGUCACAGAAGCACAUGGCGUCAUCAAGCUGACACUAGGGAAGCAUGACUGGGCCAUGUACUAUAGGGAGGAUAGUGGCCAUGAACUGAUGGUGCAUGGAAAGGCAAAGGGUGAUAAUAUUGACGUUCGUCCAGUUUGGCAGGCCAUGGGUGCACAAUACCCUCCCGCUCCUGCUUCUGCUCCGACUCCCUCCUAA